CACUCAUUCUCAGCAGACUUGAGAAUAUCAAAACAGAUCAAAAUCAAGGACACCACCAACCACGAUACGGCCAUUACUACCUCAUUCUCUAAGAAAUAUUUCCUUUCUCCCUUCUCCUAUGACAAGCUGACAGGCAAGGUAACACAUUGGCACUAGGUCACAUUGAUCACUGCAAUUAUCACUCAAGCCGUUAUACCGUUGAGCUACCCGCCUACUGUUUGAAAUUUAGUGUACGCAAUGGUCAACAGGAACUUAGUUCAGUUUAUACGAUCUGGAUGCAUUUAAAAUUACUUGACAAAUGGGCGUAAAGGAUCUUUGGAAUGUUCUUUCGCCACUGUGCGAGACGAAACCUCUUUUUGAGCUUCAGGGUAAAACCAUAGCAAUCGAUUUAAGUUGUUGGAUCGUUGACAGUCAAAGUGUAACGGACAAUGCUGCUCAGCCGAAGAUGUAUCUCCGAUUUAAUUCUUGUUAUCACAGAAAUCUGUAUUUUCGGACCUCCUAUCUUCUUCUCCAAGGAAUUUCACCUGUAUUUGUGCUGGAAGGUAAAGCACCUGACUUAAAACACAAGACCAUAGCUCAAAGAAAUGAUACUCGUCGUGGUAUUGUUUCAAGAGUAACCGCAAAUAAGGGAGGCCGCAGUCGAUUCAAUAAUGUCCUAAGAGAAUGUGAAAAGAUGCUAAAGUACAUGGGUCUGGCAUGUGUUCAAGGAUAUGGUGAAGCAGAAGCAAUGUGUGCAUAUUUGAAUGAAGAUGGGCUUGUAGAUGGAUGCGUUAGUCAAGACAGUGACUGCUUUCUUUAUGGAGCAAAUGUUGUGUACAGAAAUUUCUGUGCAAGUCAAGGUAAUAAGUCAGCUUCUGGUGGUGCUAUUGAUAAAUACACUAUGGAAAAAAUAGAGCAGGUGUUUAAUUUAAAUCGAAGGAAAAUGAUAGCAAUGGCUCUUCUUUGUGGUUGUGAUUAUGGAGAUGGUGUGAGCGGAGUUGGCAAGGAAGCUGCAUUGAAAUUAUUUAAAUUCUUGGACAAAGAAGGAGAAGAUGUUUUGGACAGAAUAAAAAGUUGGCGAACAGACAAAAAGUUUGAUAUGAUGGAAGCAGAAUUAUCCAAUUCAAAUAUUUGUACAUCCUGUGGUCAUCUUGGAAAGAUCAGAGUCCAUGCUAAAACAGGAUGUGUAGAUUGUGGCACCUUUUCUAAAUGUAAAGAAAGUUACAAAGAAAGACGAGCGUUUAUAUCAAACGAAGUGAGCUUACGAAAAAAAGCUUUACUCAUAGAGGAUUUUCCAAACCAAGAACUUAUCGACGAAUUCCUUGUAAGAAAAGGUCCAGUACCCACAGCAUUGAGUCUGGAAUGGAAGCAGCCACAAAUUAUCGAAUUUGUGCAUUUCAUGGAACGACAACUAGGAUGGGCACCCGAAUACACUGUUACUAAAAUUCUUCCAUUGGCAACACGCUGGCAGCUUCUGCAUUUACCAGCAAUUAUGCUUAAACAACGGCUGUCAGUAUCACAUUAUAUAGUUCCUGUAGCAAUAAAAAAAAUCAGAAAUAUACGUUGCAUAGCAAGUUACGAGGUACUUUGGAAGGCUGAAACAGGAAAUCUAAAGGAACUAUUAGAACAGGUCAAAGCAGACAAUAAUGAUGAAACAAAUAUUCUUGAAGAAUUAAUCACUAUCGAACCACAGAACAUGGUGCAAAAUUGUUAUCCAGACCUGGUAAAAGAAUUUGACGAUGCGAGAAACGCUAAAAAGAAAAAGAAACCAGUAACCUCCCGCAGAAAGAAGGCAGCAACAGUACUUUCUUCUGAAAAUGAAGAGACAGUUCCUGAAAGCAAAGCGACUAGAAGGAAACGAGAAAACAAGCCGUCAUCUGCUAUAGGCAAUAGAAAAAUAGACGAAUUUAUGGUGGUAAAUAAAUUAGCAGAACUUGAGGAAUCCUUUGGCCGGUUGAGUGUCACACCGAAAAGAUCGAAACAGGAGAAUAAGAAUACCAAAAAAGUACAAGAAAAAAUACCAUGUAAAAUUCUUAGUACUCAAAGAAAACAGGAUCCCCAAAUCGAAAGAGUUCUUGCAACUGAAAGAGUUGCCAGAAACUUUAACAAUACACUGGACAAAAUGUUUGAUGAACUGACUCCUGAAGAUUUUGCAAGCGACCCAGAAGAAGAGAACUUAAAUAUGUCGGAAAUUAUUCAAAAAAUAUGUAGCACAGAUAGAACAAACACCAAUGCAAUUUCUUGUGAAACACCAGUAAGAAAUGUACCACCGGAACAAAACCUUUGGAAUCAUGAAAGUGCUGAUGAAUUUGAUGAACUUAAUAUUACUUACGUACCUUUAUCUCAGAGGCUUACAGCAUCAUAAUUUUGGAUUUUAUUGCAUUCUGAUUAGUUCUAA